AUUAAGAGCGGGGGAUUCUCUGUGACGUAGUCCGCUCACAUCUCCCCGUGUAUAUAUGCUCAUGCUAUGCCGAGAGAAUUGCAGUGUUCUUAUGUUUUACAAAACAUCGACAUCUUAAAACAGAAGAGUCAGGUAUUACUGCUCGUUGAUUGGUGCUAACGUGAGCCGACCCGCGAACGCCGAUAAUAAAAAGGUGUUGGAAUAAAAAUUGUAUUAUUGUAUUCGAGGCGAACGUUGAAGGAAGUGUAAUUUAGUGAGAGAAAAAAACUUAAGAAUAUACUUGGUGAGUGAAUAUACUUACUGUGUGGAGUACUUGACCCAAUUGAGAUUUGAUUGGUCGCGCAAGUUAUAGGAGUAUAAAGACUGCGACAAUUUGUUUCGUUAUGUAAAAGCGGGGUCAUCAUGCUACAACUGCCAUUAUGGAUUCUAUGCUGAUGUGCUUCAUAGUUUUCUUGAUGCUCCUGGCCGUCCAAGUGAGUACUGUUCCCGUGCGGGGUUCCGCCUUUGGACACAAGACAAUGCGGCACAGUUUUAACGGCCAAACCCCAGUGGUACGAACAAAAAUACCAGGAGCCAGUGCAACGGUGUCUAAAAACAUGGGAUAUUUCAGGGAGCAGCAGAGAGACCCUUAUGUGUACAACCACGUGCAAUUCACGUUACCGUCUUCCUCAGAGAAAAACUCAGAUCAAACCCAUUCAAACGUACGGACAAAAUCUCUCCGGAGAAUCCGACGGUCUUUUUUCCCGUUAAAAGCCCCAGUUGUGAUACAAGAAAUUCGGAACAGUCAUUUAACGAACUGCAAUGAGUGGGAGGACAGACAUUACUGUCAUAAUGAUGGGAAAUGUGCAUAUAUCCCCCAGCUGGACCUUAAAACAUGCAGGUGCCCUAUGCAGUUCACGGGAUCCCGCUGUGGAUUAUUGGACUUGCAGUACUUGAUGAGUCACAUGACUGCCUUCAAUCAUAUGAUGAUGAAUGGUUAAAGAGAAGACGAAACAGCGGCCAAGUUGUGAUGGCUCUGGUAUAAUCUGAAAUCAAAGCACACAAAGUGCAGGUGCGCCUGUCCAUCACCAAAACUAGGUCACUCUAAAUCGAACAUGGCCAGCCAAAAGAAAAAUCAACAGGCAAACCAAUGAGCGGGACAGUGACCAAUCUUCCAUUUUUUCCUCGCCAUAAACUUUGUGUAUUUUCCAUAUGUAAGCCACUGUGGAAAUAAAACCACGUGCAAAGCAUUAACUUCAAAGUGUUUUGCAAGGAGGAACACAGGCAAACAGACAUUAGGUUCGUGCAAGUUGAACCAAAAAUCGGCAUGUGUGCUUCAGUGGUUUAGUGGUGGCAUGUCAUUAACCUGGCUUGUACGAGAACAGGAAAAUUCUAAUUAGCUAAAACAAAACAGAUACUUCAAUCGCAAACAAUAAACUCUUCAAAAUCCAAAGAAGAUUGCCGACGAUGCUGUUACUAUAUUGCUUCGCCUGUUAAUCCGACUAGAACUACGUACAAGCUAUUAAGUCAAGAAGAUACUAAUAAGAAAACCAAAUGGCCGUUGGAGUCAACGCUUUGGAUAUUAUGAUUUAUUGAAAUAGAAGAAAUUAGUUUUUUUGGCAAGAUAUACAAAGCAAGGAGCAUUUCUGAGCGAAACUGUUUCAUCCCGAAGCAGACAUUAAUUCACUCCUGUUGUUUACUCGUUUCCAAUGGAAUUGACUUUGGCGGCGGAGUUCAAAGGGCAUCAAGCAUACGGUUACAAGACUUUAGUUGGUUACAAAACUUGAGUCUAUUAUCAGAUUAAAAAGUUGGCUAUAAGACUAAGUCUGUUAUAAGAUUUAAAAGUAUAUUACAAGACUUAACAGUUUUCAAGAUAUUUAAUCAGGAAAUAACAAUCUUGAACAUAAUGAAGUUUUAAUUUCACUUCUUACCUGCUUGAAUUUUAUUUUAUUAGAAUUCAUUUGUUUGAAUUCGAACACUAUUAUAGGGGGUGUUCGAAUGGUCAUUUUUAAUGUCUGUGAUAAAUCCCUAAAAAGAAUGUAAAAAAAAAAAUGAUGUGUGAUUGAUAGUGUUUCAUAUUCGUCCCCAAUGUAUGCAGAUUCCAACAUUCAUUUCAUUGAAAAUAAACCCUUUACUUGAACGAAUCUGAACCAUACACCUCUACAAAGUUCCAUUAUAAAGUUUCAAAACGUAGAAGACGGAGCAGAAAUUCUAUGACAAACCCGGUGUAAAUUAAUGUUAAAUAUUUAUUGUAUAGGGCACAUACUUUAGAGGUCAUCCCUCCUUAAAUGUCUGCUUUAUGAUUAUUUCUUUACUUUUAAUUAAAACAAAACUUUUUAAAGUUUUUACGACAUUGUCCAGUCGGGCAUUCAACACAUUGUACGAAUAUUAAAGUACAAUUAAUUGAGAAUUAAAAAAAAAUGUUUACUAUCAAAUUCUUCUUGAAUUUACUAACAAUAUACUGAGCAAAGUGGCAUUUAAAAAACGCUGAAAUACAUAUAUUGAUAUUGAUAGAUUCCAUCAUCAAACGAAGUUUUAAGUGAAAAAAAACAAUGAUUUUGAUAAAUAAAAUAUAAUCAUUUAUUUAAGGUGACAUUAAUUUAUCACACUUAUAGAUUUGCCCCAGUAAUUCAUCAUGUACCUUUCUAUUUAUUAAUUACCCAUUUAUUGAUGUUUCAUUCACCCAAUAUGGUCUGGCGUAAUACACGCCUGGCAAUAUUGCACACAUCAUGGAAACAGAUGUUGAUACGAGUCUUAUACGGAACGAUUGUUUGUGUGUUAUUUAUUGUAUAUAAUUUAUUGAGGAUGCGUGUGAUUGAUGCGACAGAUACAUCUGUUAUUGUUCCCGAUUCUUUGUUGAUUUUGUGAAUUAUAACUCAGCAUAGCUGGAAAACUCGAUAUUAUGAGCAAAUUGACUUAAUAAAGGAUAGUUUAUAAUGUA